GUCUCGUGUGCUGCGGUGGAGGGAGGGUGUACGUGGGGUGCGCUCGUGCCACUCUUGUGAGAAAACUUUUUGAAACUUUCGUGUGAAACAAAUUCUCGAUAGUUCUUGUGUGUGAGACAGUUUUCGGUUGUCACUUACGACAGUGUUAUGUGCCUUACAUAAAUUAAUAAAUAUAUAUAGUAUAUAAUAACAUUCAGUGUAUAUAAGCAUUGUGGGCUGUAUGACCCUUUCGGAUUUAUCGCUUAAUCUGAUUGUAUAAUAAUUAUUAAGAUAUGUAAAUAAGACAUGAAUUUUCGAAGUAACUUGUAAAUAGACACAAGGAGUGUAAACAGACACAGAAGUGUAAAUAGUGUAAACUGUGUAAACAGAAGAAUGUAAACACAGGAGUGUAAACACGAAGAGGAAGAAGUAAUGAUAGCCUAGCUUACAUCUUUCAUCCACAAUAGAGCUUCAUUGGAGUAUCUUGUAAGAGAUGAGCGUUGCCUCAAGUAUAGUGCGCAGAGCAGUGUUCUCGGGUACUGAGUCAACCACAGAUGAGCGUUGUCUGAAGUGUGACGCUCAGAGCAGUGUUCCCAGCUGUUGCGGCAACCAGCUGGGCAGUAUGAAGCGACGCAAGAAUGCCCACGUUCACCACCUGUAGACAGGCCCACCUCCUGUAGACACGCCCAGCACCUCUGCAAGCAUGGCCUCGAGCAGGUCCCCGGGCAACAAAUCUCGUGGCCACCACUGGUGGUCCGGGGCCACCACCACGACCACCUCCCACGACCCCUACUCUGAGAUUGAGCAUUAUCUUCGUAGAGCCGAGGAGGAGAUCAACUCAGUGUUCGGCGAGAAAGAAGAGAGGCCAGACGACCAGGAGAACCACCCACGCCCACGCACGCCCGCACGCCCACCUUUGGCGGACGGACAGGGAUCCCCGUCUAAAAUACGCAAAGUUUACUCUAAUGGUGGUAAGUGGGAAGGUGGCUGUGUCUGGCGUCGUGAGGCGUCCACCCCGCCCCCACUACCCAGACGCCGAGGCGGCGUCAGCUUCGUCAGGAAGAACCGUCGUGUCUCCGCGCCAGCCCUCGGUAGUGCUCGCAAUGGUGGCUCCUCGCCGCCACCUUGGCAGCCCCGGACAGACCCACUCCUGCAGCAGUGGUCCUCGGGUCUGCUGAAGGACUUCCACUCCCUGGUGGAGGAAGAGAUCCGUGCUCUACACAGCCACACUCCUCCGCCAGAUACCGCCAACGGCUCUCUAGAUUUCCGCUUCCAGAGCUUCUUGAGCGACGGAGGGCACGAGCUUGGAAGAGCCUCUGACAGCCCUGGAAACUGCCACGGUGGAAAGCGUGAGAGGUCAAUAAGUGACCAGAAUUAUGGUGUACCACGACACACAGUAAGCCAGGCCACUCCUGCCCUCACCGACAAAAUGGGUGCCACUCAAAGUGCAGGUCGGGGCGAGGCGUGGGCGGGGGAGCGGUCAGCGGCCUUCAAGACCUACACACUGCCUCGUAGUAGCGGUCACCGCAGCGUCAGUCUUAGCGGCGCCGGCGCCGUCACCUACCGCGUCUCCUCCGCCCACCCAGAUGAUACAGACGUCAGUUGUCAAUUGCUGCGGGUCAACCCUCGCUUCUCACGCUCACACUCCUUGGACGAGGGGGCAGGACUUAGCCCCUGGGCGCUACACCACCUGUCUUCUAUGGAUGGCACCCACGCCAGGUCACCACCCACGCCCGUCCAUGUAGGGAGCAGUGCCAGCCAAUCUGCCCUCUACACUGUCUCUCACUCCGAGCCUCGGGAUGUGCCCUCCGUGCCCCGAGCCCCUUCGGACAUGGCGGAAAGGAGCUUGCCGGAGGGGCGCUACGGCAAGACUAGGAAGACGGGCUACGGGGAAAAAGACAACGAGCAGUUUCGGCCUGGUCUUGUGGAGCGGUACCAGAUAAACGGCGGCAGCGGUGGUCUAGCUAAUGGCUGGGCCGAGGCCACGAACUCUACCGACUUUGCCAAGCUUCGCAGAGUUUCCGAAAACUUCUUCGGCAAUAACGGUUCCUCAGCUUUCACUCCGGAGGACCUGGGGAAGGGCGUGAGUGAGACGUGGGAGUGGGCGGAUGAGGAGGGCGCCUGCAGCCUCACUGACCGACCCUGUGACCCAGCCACCUGUCCUCGGUGUUACGCCAAGAUGGCUGCCUCCGCACCACAAGACAACUCCAAACAGGAGGACUUGCCGAGUCAGGGUGAAGCAUCAGCGGUGUCGUCACCUUCUGGGGUAGCGGUGCCCGAGAACGAAGGUACGAGAGAUGAAGUUGAUGCUCAGUGUAGGGACAGUGUGUCUGUGUGUGUAACUCCCCCUGAUACUGUAAAUACAAGUUACUCUGACGAAGUGUAUUUGUGUGAGAUGUCUCCCGUUGAGAGAGAAAUGACAAGUGAGAGAGUGUCGUGUAACAGAGAAGGGGUCGGGAUGGGACGGAAGAGUGAACCUUCCCUGCUAAGUGUAUUAGGUCUGCCAGGUCAUCUGGACGGUCGCAGACACACACUGCCCGUUCCGAGGGCCUUCGGCAGUCUAUCUCUGCUGACGGUGCCCGCCCCGAUGUUUAACACCUCGUCCUGGGAGACUCUGCCCCCGGCUGACGAACUGGAGGUAGAGUUGGAGGAGAAGCCCAUCACUGGGAGUGUAGUGAGACCCACCUCCCCCGCCUCCGCCAGUGUCACCUCCUCCCGCUCACUUAACUCGUCCCUCUCCUCCCUGUCGCACCUGAGUGUCCACCCGGACCACUCAGAGUGCGACUCAUGGCCCUCGUCCCCCGUAGCCCAACAGUAUCUCUCCCCCGACGUGUUCUUCGAUCCUACUGCCAUGACCGUCCCCUUCACAUCCGAAGACCUAGCCUUCAAGGGCUGGCCCUACGAAGAAGAAGACGUGAUCAUGAAUGAAAGGAAAGGAGGGGCAGGUGUUGCAAGAGAGUCAUGCAGCGACACACAUCUGUCUCAGAUGAAGGCAUCGAAGGAGAGGAUGCCCUCCCCAGUCACUGGAGUACUGCAGCUGCCUCCCGCAGGCUUUCAAGACCGCGCGGACAUCAUCUUUUCCGUGUGUAUUCCUGAAGACCGCAGGAAAGAUAGACACAAGAGCAACCUUUCUUUCAGCUCCACGAAUGAAAGUAGUGACAUAAGUACCAUAUGCGAUAAGUCGGAAGUGCACGUCAGUGAUUCGAGAGACGAGGAAGUGACGACGCAACUUGCAACGGAGGAACCAGUGGACGCAGCUCAUGACUCUCUGUGUGUCCACCUGGGCAAUAUUACCCUUCACGACGGAGACACCAAGGGUGACGUCACACCAACGAGACAGAUGUUUGGACGGAGCGACACGAAGGACAGUGGUGUGACAGACCUCUCAAGCAGUGUGAAGGGCUCAGCGGCGUGCUGCUGGAGGAGGGACGAAGCGAGAGACAAGUUCGAGAGCGACCUUCUGCGGCCUCCUCCAAGGUAUCGUAGCUACUCCUUGGACGAGACGCGCUCCUCUCUAAAUAAUCACAUCAAGCUAGUGAACUCCGCCACACAGUCGCAUCAUCCUGAGGCCCUGGACGACUUCCUGCGAGCUGUGGAGUCUAGGAUCCGCCACGGCAGUGUUGAUCAUUCGUCCAGGGAGGUCUCUCUUCCUUACAUCCCUCCGUCACCACUCUUCACUCCUGCCUCCACUCCUGCCUCCACCCCGGCCUCCACCCCGGCCUCCACCACCAUCCAUGACCUCUCAUUUUCACCCACUGUGGUGCUGGACGCAUGUACUCAGACUACGCCCUCACCCACGCCCCCGCCCGCUUCCAGGGCGUCGUCUGACACCUGGCUCAGUGAUUGUGGCUGUGACGACUUGGCAUCGAUGGAGCCCUGCGCCUCGUCUCUGGCACUCAGUGCCACCGAAGACGACUACGGUGAGGAUGAAGAAGACGAUGACGACGAUGAUGACGACUGGUCUGCGGGCGUCUCUGUCUCUUCCUCGUCACCGCCACCCACACCCGCGUCCCUGCCUCGCGACGACUCCUCGCUGUCGCUGUCGGAGUCGCUAGACACACUGGACAUCAACGGGGAGUCUGGGAUCGGGACGGUGUCAACAAGACCGUCACUCAGCCCGCACCUGCAGGCAGCCCUCGACCUCUCAGGCUCCAACCUCUCCUCGGAGGACACGGGGCUGGAGAACAGCUUCGAACGACAGAUCCGACGGUACAUCCCGUACAACCGCAGCUGCAGGGAGAGCGAGCACAGCACGCACUACCGCAGGCGGCGCCCACGCCCGCGGCAACAAGAGCAGUGGGUGCGACGGGAGGACCAGACCACCCAGACUGAUCCCGAGCCGCCCACGCUUUCUCACGCCCUCGAGGUAGGCGGCCACGACAGCCUCCGCGAGAUCAGCGAGGAGCACCGUCACGGGCGGACAGAGGAACGUUCCGUGAGACACACACACAGCGAGCCCCGCCUCGACGCGCCCAUCACGCCCAUGGCGGGCGUGCUACGCAUAGUGUGUAGUGAGGCCACCCUGCCUCCUCUCCCCUUCACCUCCCGCUCCCACUUCACGCCCUCGGCGCCUACGCUACCCACCCUGACGGAGGACAAGCCACCCAUCGCUCCGUCAAAACCCCCGCGACCCCGUCACUUGUCUCUCUCCUCCUCUCACCAGCACCCAUCUCAGGGGAAGGCGUGCUCUGCCCCCACCCUGGAGACCCGCUCCACUCACACUAACACCGCCCACACCCCGCCCACCACGCCCUCAGAGGACUCUUCAGGAGAGACGCCGGCACUGACCACCAGAGCUCAGUCUACCAAGGAAUUAGCAGAGCUAGAAGCACUAGAGGCCUGCAAAUGGCUACGGGCAGCCGGCUUCCCCCAGUAUGCUCAGAUGUACGAAGAGCUGCAGUUCCCGCUGGACCUGGUGUGUGUGGAGAGAGAUCACGCAUUCCUCGACACCGACUCCCUGCAGGCACUCUUCAGGAGACUACGAGUACUCAACCGCUGCGCCAAGAUACGUCUCGACUCCGCCAGGAAAAACAAGACGGAGGAAUCAGACGACGAGGAGCAGCAGUGUGCACUCUCUGGCAACUGGAAGUUCCAGCGGCACUCCAGACGCUGGUCCAGGGUGGUCCAGGAGCGAGCACCAACCACAGGUGGUGAGGGCAAGGUAUGUGGAGAGCCCCGUGGGCUGGAACUACCUGAAGAUGUCCUUCUCGGACAGUUCAAACGUUCUGGCUCUGAAAGACUCAGAGAUGGCGCCAAGGCUCUCCUCAGACGCAUGGAGUCCCUCAAGAACAAGAAGAAGAAGCGGCAGAGCAGGGAUGGUGUUGUCAUCAGUGGUCCUAAGGUAUUGGAUGAGGCACACAUGGAGGCGCGGAUGGAGGAAUUGGCCUGUGUGGCUAUAUCCCCAGAGGCAUCCCCUGAGCUUUCCACCCGAAUCACCACCACUACCACCCCAGCCCAAACUCACACCCAUGCCCACACACCACCCACAGACAUCUCUCAUGCCACUCAUGGCGAGGACUCUUCAUCCCUAGCUUCAGAUCACUCUCAGACUUCUACCCCAAUGUUCCGAGGCCGCCGGAGAAGACGGUUUUGGCGGAGAGGAGGCAGCACUCAAGGUGGAGGGGAGGGUGGAGGAGGCGCCUACAGUGACUCAGAAUGUUCACCACCAACCUGGAGACACUACCUCACAGAUGCUAACUCCAAUAAGAUGACGUCAGUGGGACAGGGACUGUCAGUAUGUUCAGAAAAGCGGAUCAGUAAGGCAGGUACAGGGACACCAUCAAGAGCAAGUCAUCUGAGACACACUGGCUCCCUCACAUAUGGCAAAGAUUCCCAGAUUGCUAGAGAAAACUUUCUUGCCAGCAUCAGAGCAGGUGUGGAGAAAAAUACAGAGAAUCUCUCUCCAUUACCCAGUCCAGAAGAAGAGAGACAUUCUGUUUAUGAUAAUGUGCCUCUCAUUAUUUGCAACAAAAGCUAUCAUGAUUACCAGCCAGAAGUCAUGGAUUCUGAAGCCAGCGUCCCCGAGGGCUCGGGAAGCAGUGAGUGCACUGUUGAAAGUGGAGAUUCGCCAUUACCUUCCACACAUGACGAUGAUGAAAAUGACGAACCUUGUCGGAGGUGAAUUUUAAUACAGAGACAAUGGCACAGUUUUAAUAGAAAGUCAUACCCACCUUGCUCACGGCAUUUGGGCACACAAAUAAGGUUCAGUGCGGGUCAAAUGCUCCAUUUGCGAAAAAGACCCUUCUAAGACAAACAGCACUUUUUGGAGCGUUACUGUCCAACUAAUCGUAGUGGAUGGAAUUGGGAACUGCCAAAGUUUAUGAGAAAAAUUAAAACGCCUGAUUAUCGUGAUAGAAAGUUUUUUGGCGUGCCUCUCUUGGGGAUCACCCAGCGGACAGCACCACUUCCUCCCGGUAUUCAAGCUGCACUCCAGUAUCUCAGAGCAACCAGUUUAGAUCAAGUAUGUUGGUAAUUCAGAAAACCUGGAGUUCGUUCUCGAAUUCAAAAACUAAGAGAGUUUCAUGAAUCAGGGGAAGACAUCCAGUAUUCAGCAUUUGGAACAUGUGACAUCGCUGAUAUGGUCAAGACAUAUUUCAGGGAAUUACCUGAAUUUCUGCUUACAAACAAGCUUUCAGAAAUGUUUAUUGCAAUCUUCCAGUACUUACCUGCUGAACAUCGUCUUGAGGCCCUGCAAUGUGCAGUUUUAUUAUUGCCAGAUGAGAACAGGGAAGUGCUCAUGGCUCUUCUAACCUUCCUAGCAGAUGUUGCAGCUAACUCACAUCUCAAUCAGAUGCAUGCCAGCAACUUGGCUGUGUGUCUAGCACCAUCACUAUUCCACUUAAACGUUGGUGGGUCUGGGUCAAGCCCACUGCGACGUAGGGCAGCAGGGACUCCUGAACAACGAGAUCUUCAUGAAAAUAAAGCAGCUCACCAGUGCCUCACCCUUAUGAUACAGCAGGUCAGCCAAAUUCAGUGUGUGCCCAUAGAGAUGUUGUCAAACUGCCGAUUUACAUAUUUGGAGCAGAGCCAACCAGUGUGCCUUGAGGAUCUAGGUGUAAUGGGCUCCCCAGGUGCAAGUACCAUGGAAGGAGACUGGGCUUCCUAUAUGAAUGCUUGCAUUACAUCUCUACUUAAGGAAGCAAGAGACAAAACUCGAGGAUGGAUACACAUGAAUUGUGCUGAUUCACACGUAGAGAUACUUUACCGCAAAGUGGGAGAUGGUCACCCACUACGCUUGUGGCGAGCAACCACAGAAGUAGAAGCUCCACCAGCAGAACUGCUGAAUCGUGUUAUUAGAGAAAGGCACUUAUGGGAUGAUUCUCUGUUGAAAUGGAGAGUAGUUUGUCGUUUAGAUCGCCAGGCUGAAGUUUUCCAGUAUAUGUGCAACUCUAUGCCUCCACGACCCCCAGUAGACUACUGUGUCCUAAGAUGUUGGAGGAGUGACUUGGCACGAGGAAGUUGUGUGGUUGUGGAAACCUCUGUAGAACAUACUGAUGCUCCCGUUCUAGUUGGUGGUGUUCGGGGAAUAGUCUUGGCUUCCCGGUACCUAAUUCAGCCUUGUGGUUCUGGAAAAUCAAGAAUUACACACAUAUCAAGACUGGAUAUGAGAGGAAGAACACCAGAAUGGUACAACAAAGUCUAUGGCCAUGCCACUGCUAUGCAUUUAACACGCAUAAGAGAAAGCUUCCAGCAUCAUGCCAUUGGACCUGAGAGCAAAGUUUAAGUCAUUUCAAGACUAUAUCUUGAAAACAUUGUAUAAAAUAGAUUCUCUCAUUCCUUUUAAAACUACUGUACAAAGUGGAAUAUACUGUGCUUCAGUACUUUCCAUAACAGUGAAGGUGGACCAUGAAAAAGUGAUAUUGUACCAGAGCUUCCAUGUGUUCACAGGAAAGUGAUUGAAGAUAAACCUUUUCUAUUUUAUGUUGCAUUAAAGCAACUCACAUUUUAUGAAGAAAAAAAAUAUAUAUUGUGGUAGGUGCCCAAAUACAUUAUCCAGGAUCAAUGUGGACCAUUGUACAUUCCUCUGUGUUAAGUGGAGUAUAAGAGUGAAUGUUUUGUAUCCUUACAGGUAUGAGAUCAUGUAUAUAAUUGAGAUUAUGUAUUAUACACCAGAUUGGCUUUGUGUACCAACUUGUACCAAAGUGUUGCUUCAUUUGACAAUCAUGGGACAAGUCAGCAGAGAUUGAAAUCAUUCAUGGCAUGUAAUACCUAUUAAUAAUCCAGGAAAGUUUUGGUGUGCAAUUUUCAGUCUGUUCAUUAGUUAUAACUUUAUAAUUCAAUCCUACUCCACUACCAACCAAAAAGUGGAAUGUCUUACAAAAGUUCACAAGACAAAAAAUGACAAAUGUUAUUCAGUAAAUUAAAUAAAUGCCAGUAAGACUUUCAGUCACUGAGAUUUAUGCCUCAUCAAGCUGCCUUGACUUUGUGAAGCUUCUGUGAUGAAUGUCUGAAUAUCAAGUGGACUGUUUGUACGUUCAGAAGUUCAGUUGUGUAUCUCAUGCACAUACUUUGGUAUUUUUAUAUACUAUAUUCUAGCAAGACCUUGAGAGCAGAAAUUAUUAUAUUCAAGGGGGGAGCACUAAGCUCAUAGGGGUUGUACAACACCUAAGGGAAUGGGAAGCAAUCAGGUCGAGCCAAUUAAGGGAAAGUCUGAUCCAAUCAAUCAAGAAACUUACCUUGGGGGGCUGAGAGCUGAAAAUACAUUACAGUUUAGUACAGUGGACCCCCACAUAACGAUAUUAUUUCAAUCCAGAAGUCUGUUUGGGUGCUGUUAUAGACCGAAUUUGUUCCCAUAAGAAAUAUUGUGAAUUAGAUUAGUCUGUUUCAGACCCCCCAAAAUACACCUACAAAAGCACUUACAAAAAUACACUUACAUAAUUGAUUGAGUUGGGAGCUGAUCAUUGCGGGGGUCCACUGUAUUUGCUCCUUUAUUAUUUCGGAUAUUUAUGUUCUCAGUAUUAUAAAGUUAUGCUCGAAUUAAUCCCAAACAUUUUUCCUAGUCUAAGAACAAUGCUUUAAUAAAAUCCUGUUACUAUAAAGCUGCUCUUAAAAACAAUGGAUGUUGACCACUUAUAAACUGAAAGUUUCAGAAGCAUAUUCUUCCAAGAAAAAAUAAAACCAUGUUUAUCUGCAAUAAUGUUAAUACAUAUUUUACACUAAAACUAAAUGCAUCAUAUAUGCUAGAAACUGAUUAUGGUAUAUAAAUUUCAGCAAAUUAAGGGUACAUCAAGAAUUACAAAGUUAACAAAGUUAAGACAUUACUGUAUAAUUUAAAAAAACUUAAGAUGCUUUUGCCAUGGAUGUCUGAAGCUCACAUUCCUAGUCUUUACAGGUUUUAUCAUUUUGUAAGUAAUUUUUCAUAACACAAGAAAUACAUUUUAUAUUCACAUUUACCUCUUAAUACAAUAACCUGUUCUAGUGUAUGUCCCCACAUCUGUUUUAUAUUUUAUUACUCUGUACACCUGUAAAUCUUAAUGUCAUGCAACUGGCACAUCGUGUGUGCAAAUCUCUUAGGUUUAGUCACAUAAUAUGACUCAUGUUGUACCUCUUGGUGCUGAAUAUAUAUUAUCAGUAAUAAUAAA